GUGACGUCGUCAGCGAAAAUCAGUCUUGUGUACGCUGACGUUUAUGUCGGGAAAUCGCGAGAUAAAAAUCUUGUACGAAAAUGCGCUGGAUAUUUCGUCUUUUUCAUACAAUUUCUCGGCUCAUAAUUUAUGACAUGCUUUGAAAAUUUCCACAAUAUAGCAUGAAUAUGUCCUUUAAACACUGGCACAAUUGGUGGUUUGUAAUCCGUUUAUUUAAUUCGAAUUAUUCCCCUUGAAUGACACUGUUUCGUUUGAGCAGUUCACAGGUAGCGCAACCUGUCUCGUAGUGUUUAUUUUCAAUGGCUAUUAAACGCUGUAAAUUAAAAUGACAUCGUGUACUGUUGGAUGUCUUCAAUCGAAGAAGGUUCGGAAUGAUAUUUCCACAUGCUUAAACUAUGUUGGGAAGUUAUUUUUCAAGACCCCGAAGAAGUGUGAGGUGUAUGGAAUCAGCUGUGAAGGAUCUGGAAAGCAGGUUUUUUACCUCGCAGACGAAGGCCAGUCACAUGGUAAAGGUGCAAAGGCUGUGUUCAGCCAGGUUCACCACUACCUCAACACAUACGGUCUUGGCGAACAGCAUGCUCACUUUCAGUGUGACAACUGUUGCGGCCAAAAUAAAAACAACAUAGUCAUCUGGUACCUUCUGUGGAGAGUUAUUGUAGGUUUACACAGAAUCAUCACACUAAGCUUUAUGUUGAUAAGACAUACAAAGUUUACACCAGAUUGGCACUUUGGCAUCUGGAAGUCAAAGUGGAAGUAAAUUCCUUAUUACAGUUUGGUGAAUGUGACCUGCAUGAUCCUUCUUGAUAAACCUUGUUUGCAUUUCCAUAGGUCUAUCCAGUUGUAUAGUUCUGCCUUGUUAUAAAAUAUAAAAAUAAUAAAACAUAAAUCAAUAAAAAAUUGUGUGUAGGUACUUUAUGUCUUGUAACAGGAAAAUAAAUAUUUAUUUUAGUAGUUUCAGCUGUUUUAUUGGUAUGACAUUCUUGAUAUGGCAAACAAAAUCCCAUGCAAAAUCAUCCAUCAAACUUUGUAGUUUUCUAUUAAAACAACAACAACAAAAUAAUAAUUUGAUAAUAGGAAAACUAUAUUUUGCAAUUGUUUCUUUAUUAAAUGGUAAUCUUGAUACAGAAACUUCAAUGCAGAAAUGUUGUCUGAUGUCGCUGCGUCUGUGGGGUUAUCGUCAACACGGGCCACAACAUCCACCAGCGUGUGGGGGACUCUUCCAAUCCUGUUUAUCUAAGACCGGAAGGAUUACCUUUCGACAUUGUUUCACCACAUAAAGAAUGGCACCAAAUUUCAUCAAUUUCCACGUGUCAACGGAUCAUCCCGGUGUUGUGGAGUGCAGAGAAUUAAGUGACUCACCAGUAGUCAGAAUCACUCUCAGAAAGGUCUCGAAAGUGAAUUUUAAUGUGAGCUGUGACAACCUGCCAUAAGAAAUGUUUGCGAAAGGGAUUGAUCUGGACAAUCAGUGGUAUUUAUUUGAAAACAUUCGUGAAUUCUGUCGAAUAGAUGCACCAAAAACUAGACAUGUCCGAAACGCGCUACUGGUGAGCAACAAAAAACAGACUUUGCCCCCCCCCCC